UCACAACACCACAGAAAUCGCUCACGUCCAAGGGCCUCGCAGUUUGCCUAACGUUUGCCUUGGCCACGAGCGUACCGGCAGGAAGCACACACUCAUCACCGCAGCCCAUGGAGCGCUGGACACCUUCCCUUCCUCACGCCGCCGCCAUGCACCGCUCGGGAGGCGCAUGCGUGCGCAGGCGACCAUGGCGGCGGCGCUGGGGCUGCGGCGGAGCGGCGGCCGCGCUUCGGUCUCGCUGCUGCCGUUGCCGCUGCUGAGGGCGGCCCUGGGGCUCCCGGUUUGCAGGUGGAAGUCAUCAGUCAGCUUUCUUACUCGACCAGAUCGACCAAAUCUAGCCUACCAUAAGCUGAAAGGCAGGAAUCCGGGGGUUAUUUUCCUUCCAGGCUUACAUUCAAAUAUGAAUGGUCAGAAAGCAACUGCCCUUGAAGAUUUCUGCAGCUCUCUAGGUCAUGCCUUCGUCAGAUUUGAUUAUACAGGAUGUGGAAGUUCACAGGGGAGUUUUGAGGAGUGUACGAUUGGGAAAUGGAGAAAAGAUGUUCUGUCUGUACUCGAUGAACUUACAGAUGGACCACAGAUUCUGGUGGGCUCCAGCUUAGGAGGAUGGCUGAUGCUCCAUGCUGCAAUAGCACGCCCAGAUAAAGUGGCUGCUCUAGUUGGAGUAGCUGUAGCAGCAGACCAUCUCGUAACAUCCUUUAAGAGGCUUCCCAUUGAGGCGCAAAAAGAAAUAGAAGAAAAAGGCGAAUGGAAGUUUCCAACAAAGCAUAACAAGGAAGGAUAUUACUCUUUGACCUAUGACUUCAUUAGAGAAGCAGAAAAUCACUGUCUGCUAAAUAGUCCUAUUCCGAUAACGUGUCCCAUCCGACUUAUUCAUGGCAUGAGGGAUGGUGAUGUCCCUUGGCAGAUCUCUAUGCAAGUUGCUGAUCGUGUUCUGAGCAAAGAUGUGGAUGUUACUCUCCGCAAAGCUGGCCAGCAUCGAAUGAGUGAGAAGGAAGACACAAAACUUCUUGUGAAUACCGUCGAUGAUUUAAUUGACAAGUUGGCAACGCUAACAUAACCUGCAGAGUAGCGUAAAUAGAUGAACCCUACACCUGACUCUUCCAUCAGUAGCAGAAACCUUGUUUUUAAUGAGAUUAUUCUAGUGCUGUGACCAUCACAGUAGGAACGGAGCUCUAUCUGCUGUUUCCUUACCUCUGUUUUGUAAAUACAGGUAUUUUUUUAAUGCUGCAUUUGCACGGAUAGACCAAAAUGUAAGGGAGUGCUGCUGCUGGGUUUAGAACCUCUGCUUUACCUCUUAAACCUUUUUUUCACAAGCUUCCUACCCUUUUGUACUGAAAUGUUCAUUCAGUUUUGUUACUAUUGACCUUGUACAGUACAAUUUCAAUAUCCCAUAACAUUGAUGCUGUUUCAGUACAGUUGUUUUGCUAUGAUGUUGUUGCAUUUCAUCCAUCUGUGCAAGGCGGUGCACAAUUUAAGUGUUUACUGAAGUUACUUCUAUUAGAAAUAGUGAACAGUAUGAAGUAAGCAGAUUCCUAAUAAAUGAUGAUAGUGUUCUUAAGCAGUGUUUAAAUUGUAAAACGAAAGGCACACCCUGAUGGUGUGCUUGGGGUAAUGCAUAAGGAAUAAGUUAAUUUGGGAUUUCCUUAUAGUAGAUUAAGACUAAGUUUAAGAAAGAUGAAUGCCCCCGCUCCUGUUACAGAUGUUUUAAGAGCUUGAGGACACAGCCUCAAAGUACAGGUAGAACCCUUUUACAUAUGCUCAUCAGAAGUUCUUAUCAUCUCUUCAUGCCUUUCAUAAAAAGUAAUUUGUAGGACUACUACUUAGGGAAUAAUAGAUAAUCUUGGUGUAAAGUCAGCAAUUUCACGUCUCCCUUAAGUUUUGAAGCUUUACAACCUCUUGAAGUCAUACUUUGAGAAAAAUGAACAAAGACAACAUGCAAAUCGCUCAGCCCUUUUCAUUCCUGCAGGCUGAGCUGUGUUUAUGUAUUGUUGAGCAGUCGUCAUCUUUAUGUGCAGUCAUGUGACUGUUACACGUAAUAAAACCUGAAAAGUUUUGUGAAUUAUAAAGACAUAGGGAAAGCAGAAUUAAGUUAAUUCAAAGCUUUCUGCUUGUAGAAUACCCAUGAUGAUUUUUUAAAUGUAUUUCUGUCACAUCUGUUAGAUUGCUUUGUCUCGUAAGAGAAGAAGAAGUUGAAAAAGGCGCAGUGCAGGAAUUCAGGAAUAGUUAAUGUCAAUUAAGGCCUAAAAUUACCAAUUAUGAUAGAUGUGUUUUAGGUUUUUUUUGUUUGGUUAGUUUUGAAUUGCGGCUUAUGCCUACCAACACAGACAGGGAUAUGUCUUUAUAUGUGUGCAUAAUUUGGAGCUUUGUAAUGCUGUUGAAAGAAUCACACUGUGUUCUUUCAAAGCUUCGCCAUAGCUUUUAUUUAAUUAUUCAUAUUUCAUCGGUGAGGUCUUCUUGUUGAAGUGCCUUUGAGCAAGAUAGCGGAAAACAGAUGUGAGGGGAGCAGCUGUGUGAGUGGUUUGGAGGGGGUGUUUUUGUCUCCCCAUUAUUCUGUUAUAACAGCAUUUAGGUGGGAGAAAGCAGGUGAACACAACUGUUGAGGAUACAAAACUGCAGCAUCAGUUGCCUUAAUGUCAGCAUUACCUAAUGAUAGGGGUGUUUUUGUGCUAGUUGUUUGGUAGAUGUGCCUGUUUUCCUUACUUCUCUCCUUGCUAAUUGGAGGUUAGUGAUAGCAUUUACAUUACACUUACAGCCCAAACUUACUAUGUAUGGCAUAAGUGCAAAGACGGGUUGUACUUCCUUAAUAGAGAUAAUAUUCCAGACAGCGUAUUGAGAUUCAGUGAGCACUACUGCCCCUCUCUGUGCUCACUUACCACUUUAUUAACUCAGUAUAUAUUCCCUUAAGUAUGAAGAGGCAGACUUUUUGUAGACAGAUUCUUUUUUUCCUCUAAAUUUACCACGGUAGCUCUGUUCUCAUUGCAGGCACAGCAUUUUCCUUGUGUUCAUGCUGGAAACUGCCAGCGUUUUGAUCGCUGCCAACUUGUGUUCAAAUGCCAGGAAGAAGAGAUAGAUGAUAACCAAUGGGCUCCAACACAUUCCCUGUUCCCGUGCUGAUGUUGUCAAAGCUGUGCUGCUAAUUGCAAUAACAGAAAGUCUGAAGGAAAACAACAUUAUGGCGCAGCUUUCCAAGUGCUGUUACACUCCUGAAACCAGAGAUUCACAUCCUACUCAUGACCAGCUCUUGACCUGUCAGGAAGUCUUGACAAUCUUGAGUAAUGCAAUAUUAGUAUGUUAGAGUGUGGCCAUUUUAUUUUCUAUACUAAGUUUGUCCCCAGAGUUACCACGUGUGGCAUCUCCUUCAUCUUUGCCGGUAGAUGUCUGGAUAGCGAAUUAUUUCCAAUGUUAGUCAUGUUUAAAAGUAAGUAUAAUGAGUAAAAAAUAAGUAUAAAUAAACUUUUGUGGAAAUACUGUAUUAAACUAGGGUAUUGCAAAUUAUGCAAAUCCUUUGUAAUGAAUUGUUAGCCUCUUUAUUUGUUUUUUUUUUUUACGUACAUCUAAUUUGCUGCCACGUACGAAGUAUAUUUUAUGAAUAUGCAACAUGCACAUUUAAGCAGAGUCUUUUAUGCUUUCAGAUUUACCAGUGUAAGCGGGUCUGUCUUGUGGCUCUUGGAAGACUGGUUUUCUCUGAGUACCUUAAUCUGUCCUUCAUUAUUUUUGCGGGUACUUGUAGCUUAAGUUGUGAGCGUCUUCAUUAUCCUCCACUUUUGGCAGGUCUGAAAAUGAUUUUGGGCUCAUCUGUCACUGAGCGUAGUACAGCCGUGUUGGGAGUGAUGCUGCUGCCACAGUGCAUGGAAACUCCGGACAUAAACAGAGCGACUCGGUGUCUUCUCUUGUUGAUUUUGAUCAAACAGUACUCACUGAGUAAGCACCUUGGGUAUUUUUCUUCCAUGUGAAGCUUAACGUACAGAUCAUUAACUCCUGCCAAGGAAUCAUUCAAGUUUCGUGAGUAAGUAACAAAAAAGCAUUUAUAGCAAGUCACAGAAGCUUGAUUGCUACAUAAUACCAAAGAAGCAAGUGAUAGAUGUCACCAAAAGAAACAGAAGCGUCAACCACCUGACUUCAGUUCUCCCUAGACCUUAAUGAUGUUCUUGUUUUCGAUUUAUUGCAAAAAUCUGUGGAACUCCUUGAAUCUUGUGGAACACAGAUAAUCCUGUUUUCUAAAGGGAGGAAAAUGGUGAGGGAUUCUUCUGUGUGCGUUUGUGAUUAACCUCUGCAGGUAGACCAUUAUGUACUGAUAAUGUCUAUAAAACUUAUUAAACUUGUUUCCUAACAA